CCUUCAUGUCACCAAUUGAGUCGCAAAUAUAGCCCGGAAUGGCUUCAAAUCCACAGGGAGGGCAACCUCAGCCCGGCGACAAGACUCUGCAUGUCUGGUCAAAACCCAUAGAGCAAAAUGGAGCUGCUGCUGCGACCAACGCCGAAAAUGGUGCGACAUCGACGAAUACUCGACCGACUAUCUCUGAAGCCGUAUCCAUGAUCAAGAAGGACGACUUUGCGAAUAUUGCGAAUACCCCGUGUGCUCGCCAAGGUUUCAUUACAGGAAUUGCAUCUGGUGCUGGUAUUGGAGGAUUGAGGUUUGUCGUCAAAGGGAAUGCCGGUAGCGCUGCGAACUGGGCUGUUGGAGUCUUCGUGCUCGGCAGCAUGGCGUCGUACGAAUGGUGCCAAUACCAACGCCGCGAGGAACGUCGCCAGAUGAAACGACAUAUCGAGGUGGUAUCAGAGAACAGGAGGGAGCAGGCAAGAAAGAUCCAAGAGGCAAGACGAGAGCACGACAAGUUGGAGGCUGAAAAGAAGGCAGCAGUGAAGCCAUGGUACAAGAUCUGGUGACCAUCAAGCUGAGCUGCCAUGUACUAUUUGUGUGUAAGAGUAUAUCUUGUGCAUUGGGUAUAGCUACGGAAAGUAGGUAAAAUAACAAGUGUAAAAGAAAUGCCUCCUGUGCGAAAGGAGAAAGCAUAGAACUUCUUGUGUGA